AUGUUGGGUGCGUGGUGGACUCCUCCGCCACAGGGGGUUGUUAAGUUGAAUGUGGAUGGUAGCAAUCGAGAAACCGAGGAGGACAUGGGUACUGGUGGUGUGAUUUGUGAUGAUAAGGGGCAAUGGUGUGUCAGAUUUUCAGGGUUUGAGGUUGGGGGUAAUGCUCUGGUGGCGGAGGGAAUGGCGUUGCAUGAUGGUCUGCAACUCGCGUGGGAUUCUGGUUACCGGAAGGUGGUUGGUGAGUUAGAUUGUGAUGAGCUUUUGAGGCUGGUGGCGCUCCUGGAUACUGCUCACGUGUUGCUGGUGGUGAGGGAGAUUAGAGAGUUGUUAGCCAGAAAUUGGGAGGUGUCUUUGCGGCGUAUUCCUUGGGGUUGCAAUGAAGUCGCUGACUUUAUGGCCAAGUAUAUUGCUAGAUCUGAUAGGGAGUCUUUUAGAAUUCUUGUUGUGCCUACCUUUGAGCUUGAACCUCUUCUUCUAAGAGAGUCUCUACUUUUCUGUGUUUUGACCUUUCUGGCAUUUCUUGGACUGUUAUUUUGUUACUUGAAAGCUCACAAGUCAAAGAAGAAAUCAGCAACCACAUUUGAGUGUCGGAGACAUUUUACUUUCCAUGAAAUCCAGCAAGCAACCAAUGAUUUUGAUCCUAACCUUCUUAUAGGAGAAGGAGGAUUUGGCAAGGUCUAUAAAGGAACACUAGAAAAUGGGAAAACAGUAGCCAUCAAAGUAGCAAAUCCUGAAUCAAGACAAGGUCUCAAUGAAUUCCAUAAUGAGAUGGACUUGUUAUCUAGACUUCGUCAUCCGAACCUUGUCUCUCUUGUAGGUUGCUGUGGUGAAGACUCUCAGAUGAUUCUAGUAUACAACUAUAUGGCAAAUGGAUCUCUCGACCGUCAUCUUUAUGGGAGAGACUUUGUUCCUCUGUUAUGGAAGCAACGCCUUCAGAUUUGCAUUGGAGCUGCAAAGGGACUUUGUUAUCUUCACAUUGGAGCAAAACAAAGCAUAAUUCACCGUGAUGUGAAGGCAGCUAACAUUCUCUUGGAUAUAAAUCUAGUGCCAAAAGUUGCUGAUUUUGGCAUAUCCAAAAAAGGCCCUCCUCUUGAUAAGAGCCAUGUGACAACCAAUGUAAAGGGUAGUUUCGGCUAUGUUGAUCCUGAGUAUUUUAGAAGUAAGUAUCUCACCAAGAAAUCAGAUGUUUACUCUUUUGGGGUGGUGUUGAUUGAAGUUAUGUGUGGAAAGCCUGCAUUAGAUUAUGCCCGUCCAACGCAGCAAAUGAAUUUGGCAUUGGGGGCUUUGAGCUGCCAUGAAAAGGGAACCUUCCAUGAAAUGAUGGACCCAUAUUUGAUUGGCAAAGUGAAUAUGGAUUCUCUAAACAAGGUCUCUGAGUUAGCUUGGAAGUAGUGCUUGGAGGAGCAUCGGGUGAACAGGCCACCAAUGGGCUAUGUAUUGUGUGAAUUAGAAGAGGCUCUCCAUCUUGAGUUGGCAUCACAAGUUCUGAAUGACAAUGGGGAUUCAGUCAGUCUUGCCCAUGUAGAAAGUGAAUUUACAGAUGAUAUAGAAGAUGCUACUUGA